AGAACAAGAUCACUCACUGCUAGGUUAGCUAGGUGGCUAGCAGUAGCAGAUUUCAGGUUCAGGCUGACUUGAGCAUCAAAAUGCUUCUUCAGACGGUCAGACCGUGGCUGCUUCGUUGCAGGAGUCUACCCUUGGCAUGCACAAGAUCCUACUAUGCCGAUAAAGUAGCUCGAGUCGGCUCUCAGCUUGAUAAACAGGCUGCUGAAUAUCAGGAGAAUUAUGACCGAAUGCAAGUUAUUGUUGAUGAAUUGAAAAGCCGAACAGAGAGGAUUAAAUUGGGUGGAGGAGAAAAAUCCAGAAGACUUCAUACUUCUCGUGGGAAACUCUUACCUAGAGAGCGUAUAGACAGACUCCUGGAUCCAGGGACACCUUUCUUGGAGUUAUCCCAGUUUGCAGCAUAUGAGUUGUAUGGAAAAGAGGAAGUCCCUGCAGGUGGAAUAAUUACUGGUAUCGGACGGGUUUCAGGGGUAGAGUGUGUCAUUGUUGCAAAUGAUGCUACCGUCAAAGGAGGAACAUAUUACCCAAUUACAGUGAAGAAGCACCUGCGUGCACAAGAAAUAGCCCAGCAGAACCACUUGCCAUGCAUUUACUUGGUGGAUUCUGGAGGAGCCAAUCUACCCAGACAGGCAGAUGUCUUUCCAGACAGGGAUCACUUUGGACGCAUUUUCUUCAACCAGGCCAGGCUGUCAUCAGAAGGGAUAGCACAGAUUGCUGUUGUGAUGGGCUCCUGCACUGCUGGAGGAGCAUACGUACCGGCUAUGGCAGAUGAAAGCAUCAUUGUGCGGAAGCAAGGAACCAUUUUCCUGGGAGGACCUCCACUGGUCAAAGCUGCCACUGGGGAAGAAGUUUCUGCAGAAGACCUUGGUGGUGCUGAUCUUCACUGCAAAAAAUCAGGUGUGACAGACCACUAUGCUUUAGACGAUAACCACGCGCUCCAUUUAGCAAGGAAGACGGUGCGAAGCCUCAACUACAGGAAAAAUAUCGAGGUUACUACAGAACCGACUGAAGCUCCUCUCUAUCCUGCUGAUGAACUCUAUGGCAUAGUUGGAGAUAACUUGAAACGCAACUUUGAUGUCAGAGAGGUCAUUGCCAGAGUUGUAGAUGGGAGCAAAUUUGAUGAGUUCAAGGCUUUCUAUGGAGACACUCUUGUUACAGGAUUUUCAAGAAUAUUUGGUUACCCCGUUGGAAUCAUUGGCAACAACGGAGUCUUGUUUUCAGAGUCUGCGAAAAAGGGGACGCAUUUCAUCGAAUUGUGCUGCCAGCGAAACAUUCCACUUAUUUUUCUCCAAAACAUAACAGGCUUCAUGGUGGGCAGAGAGUAUGAAGCAGGAGGAAUUGCAAAGGAUGGAGCCAAAAUGGUGACUGCAGUGGCCUGUGCCAACGUACCCAAGAUUACUGUUAUCAUUGGUGGCUCAUAUGGUGCAGGAAACUAUGGCAUGUGUGGCAGAGCCUACAGCCCCCGAUUCCUCUACAUGUGGCCAAAUUCUCGAAUUUCUGUAAUGGGCGGUGAGCAGGCUGCCACUGUCCUGGCCACCAUUACCAAGGAUCAGAGGGCACGUGAGGGAAAGGAGUUCACAGCAGAGCAAGAGGCUGCCAUGAAAGAACCGAUAGUGCGGCGGUUUGAAGAGGAAGGCAGUCCGUACUACUCCAGUGCCAGACUAUGGGAUGAUGGGAUUAUUGAUCCUGCUGAUACUCGUCUGGUUUUGGGACUGAGUCUCAGUGCAGCACUGAAUGCACCAACGGUGAAGACACGUUUUGGAGUGUUCAGGAUGUAAAGCUCUGCCUUCAGUGGUGUGGAGCUCACACUUUCCCAUCAGAGAUGGACAUGUAUUUUACUUCUGCUAGUCUUUGUAGUUUCAUUUGUGGUGGUUAACCAGAUUAACGGUAACAAAAAAAAAAAGAAACAAAUCACAGUAGUGGAAUUGCACAACCUUGUAUGUACUGUAUGGGGAUGUGAGUGGAUGAUAGUGGAUGAUAUACUGUUGUUGGACAUUUACACUGUUAAGUUGUGCCUUACCUGUUACUGUUCCAAGUGUAAAUGCAACUGUCAUUAUAAAACUGUUUCCAGGGAUGGAUAUUUUUUAUCAAAUUAUGUGAAUAGUUAAAUAUAAAAAUGUG